UUGCGUCGGGGAAGCAGCAGUCCCGGCUGGUGCCGGCACCGUAGAGACCACAGCUGAGGGUCGACCGCUACCGCAGCGGAGGAGCAAGGAAAGGAUGUGGGUUUUUGGUUAUGGGUCCCUGAUCUGGAAGGUGGACUUCCCUUAUCAGGACAAGAUGGUCGGAUACAUCACGGGCUACAACAGGCGCUUCUGGCAGGGAAGCACCGACCAUCGCGGGGUCCCCGGCAAGCCUGGAAGAGUUGUGACUCUUGUUGAAGAUCCUGGGGGUUGUGUUUGGGGUGUUGCUUAUAGACUGCCAGUAGGAAAGGAAGAAGAAGUAAAAGCAUACCUUGACUUCAGAGAGAAAGGAGGCUACAGGACCACAACAGUCAUUUUUUAUCCAAAAGAUCCCACAACAAAACCAUUCACUGUGUUGCUAUAUAUUGGAACAUGUGAUAAUCCUAAUUAUCUUGGUCCUGCACCGCUAGAAGACAUUGCUGAACAAAUUUUUAAUGCAGCUGGUCCAAGUGGAAGAAAUACAGAAUAUCUUUUUGAACUUGCAAAUUCAAUUAGGAACCUUGUGCCAGAAGAUGCAGAUGAGCAUCUUUUCUCCUUGGAAAAAUUAGUAAAGGAACGUUUAGAAGGAGAAUAGAACCUCAGUUGCUUAUAAAGACCUAAUCAAUCACUGACUUUUCCAAACAAGCAGAGCUUUUAGUCUUCAGAGAAAAGCUAUAGCUUCACGUACACUGGCAAUAUGAUUUGGAAACCUGUUUACUUGAAGGUCUUAUUUAUUUUUAAUGUUGUAGUCAAGAUAUGAUCAAAAUGUGUGGUUUAAUUUCAUAUAUCCUGAAACAUAAAUAUUUAAAAUACUGGGAUAUAGUUAAAAAAUUCAAGUUGUAAUAAUAUAAUCGUUUCCUAACUAUAUGAUAUUGAACACUUUCUCAUAAGAAGUGAGUUCUUUAGAAAAAUACAGUGAAGGACUCCGUUCAGAGCUUAUUUUUAUCACAGUAAAAAAUAAUUCUGUUGUUUCCUAUCACAAUACUAUUUUGAAGUUGUAGAGAAUUAAACCAAAGUCCAGUAAAUAUAAUAAGGUAAUACCUUCAAUAUAUUCCUAUACAAUAAUUGUGUAACCAUGGUUUAAAAUACACAAGCUUAAAAUAAUGUGUAAUUAGAAAUAUAUGGUAAUUAGACAAGAUUUCAGCCUUCAUUGUGAAUCUCCUUGUUCGGGUAUUAAAUAAGACCCUUUCCAAUGUAAGUCAAAAAGACUGGCAUUUUUAAUAUAAAAAUUUCCUUGGAAUUAUAAUGUACUCUACCUCUCCUUUUUUUAAUAAAUGCAUUUUACUACAUGGGAAAAAAUUCAUUCAGCUAAAAAAGGCACAAAUUACAUCAUACAAAUUGUGUCCAUUAACAAUGCAGCAUGUCAUUCAGUCACUUUGUAUGAGUCUUAUACUGAAACUUAAAAAAAGAUGACAAUUCUG